CCCGUCAUGUCUUCUUCUUUCUCCUCUUCCUCCUCCUCUUCCUCCUCCUCCUCCUCUUCCUCUCGUCGUCUGUGAACAUCUUGCUGCUGAACGUCAGUUUUCAUGGAUCCAGGAAACACUUCGUCGUGUUGACGGUCGCAGGAGCAGCUGAUCCCCGCGGAGACAGAGGAUCCGUCUCAGGAGAGGAUCCCGACCCGAAUGCCGACACCAUGAGGUGACGACUGGAGCACCAUGGCAAGGAUCACGUUCUCCUGCCUGCCGGCCUCGUGGUACUGCAGCGUGUCCCUCCUGUCCCUGGGCUGCGCUCCCAGACAGAGGCUGCUGCUGCUGCUGCUCCUCUUCAUCAUCUCCACGCUCCUCAUCUUCGGGACCAACCAGCGGCUGCUAUGGGGCCCCCAGCGACUGCCUGGGGCCCAUUACAACAAGUACCUCUCUGUGGCAGAGGCCAUGGAGGCCACUGACGUCCUCAACCCGUCUCUGAACUAUGGGGUUGUGGUGGACUGUGGCAGCAGCGGCUCUCGGGUGUUUGUGUACUACUGGCGCCCGCACAACGGGAACCCCCACACCCUGCUGGACAUCCGACAGAUGAAGGACCACGAGCACAAACCGGUGGUGAAGAAGAUCAAACCUGGCAUCUCCACCCUGGGGAGGUCCCCCACGCAGGCCAGUAACUACCUGCAGCCGCUCCUCAGCUUCGCCGCCGCUCACGUCCCGAGAGACAAACACAAGGAGACGCCGCUCUACAUCCUGUGCACCGCCGGCAUGAGGCUGCUGCCGGAGAGCCGACAGGCGGCGAUCCUGGAGGACCUGGUCAGUGACGUUCCUCUGGAGUUUGACUUCCUGUUCUCCAGCUCGCACGCUGAGGUCAUCUCUGGGAAACAGGAAGGUGUGUAUGCAUGGAUUGGCAUUAACUUUGUGUUGGGCCGCUUUGAUCACGCUGAUGAUGAGGACGCCACGGUCGAGGUGACGACUGGGUCUCAGAACCAGCAGCCAAUCAGCAGGCGGCGUACAGUGGGCAUCAUGGAUAUGGGCGGAGCUUCUCUGCAGAUUGCCUAUGAGGUUCCCAGUGCCAUCACCUUCAGCUCGCCACAGGAGGAGGAAGCAGGGAAGAGUGUCCUGGCAGAGUUCAAUCUGGGCUGCGACGUGGACCACACGGAGCACGUGUACCGAGUCUACGUCACCACGUUCCUCGGCUUCGGGGGCAACAUGGCCAGGCAGCGCUACGAAGACCAGCUGCUGAACAAGACCUUCGCCAAGAACAGGUUUCUAACCACGCAGACGGGCCUGAGCGAGGACAAACCCUACCUGGACCCGUGUCUGCCGGCCGGUCUGUCGGACACGGUCGUCAGGGACAACCGCACCUUGUACCUGAGGGGUCAGGGCGCCUGGGCGGAGUGUCAGCGUUCUGUGCAGCCUUUCCUGGGCCUCCACAACGGCACCAUGUCCCCAGGGGGCGUCUAUCAGGCUCCCAUCAACUUCAGCAACAGCGAGUUCUACGGCUUCUCUGAGUUCUACUACUGUAUGGAGGACGUGCUGAGGAUCGGAGGAAAGUACGACAGUGAGAAAUAUUCCCGAGCUGCUACGGACUACUGCUCCACCAGGUGGUCGACCCUGAAGCAGCGUCUGGACGACCAGCUGUUCGCUCAGCAGGCCGACAUCAGCAGGCUCAAGCAUCAGUGCUUCAAGUCGGCCUGGAUGUACGAGGUGCUGCACUCCGGGUUCCGGUUCCCAGCGGACUAUCCCAGUCUGAAAACGGCUCAGCUGGUUUACGACAAGGAGGUCCAGUGGACGCUGGGAGCCAUUCUUUAUAAAACACGCUUCCUGCCUCUCAGGGACCUGCAGCAGGAGACGCUGCGACAGAACCAUCCCAGCUGGCUGCGCUCCUCCUUCGUCUACAACCACCACCUGUUCUCGCUCUGCAUCCUGGUCGUGGUGCUCGCCAUCCUGCUCUACAUCCUGCGCCUGCGACGGAUCCACCAGCGGGAGCGCCGGCAGGCCGAGGCGCUGAGCCUGCUGUGGGUGGAGGAGGGAGACGCCCUCCUGCCCUGAGGACGAUGGACCGGGAGGUUCCACGUGGACGAGCAGCGUCGUUUACUGGAACCGCAAAUCCAACACUAAAGAAUGUGAGGAUCAUGAGGAUCCUGAUGAUCACUGAGCAGCCGGAGCCGAGGUGAGGAGGCGGGGUUUCAUUUCACGGAGAAACAAACACGGAGCAGAGACGCUUUAAUGAGCCUGGACAUCAAACUGCUCUUUGAUCGUUCAGCUCGGAGCAGCGAGCUCGUCUCAGACGGGAAAGAUGUUCUCUCUCUCUUUCUCUCUCUCUCUCUCUCUCUCCAAGACAAUUUCAGAUGAAAAGAAUCACCUCCGCAUUACAGGAUCAAACGCUCUCCGUUCCCUCUCAGAUCCAGUCUCUGGUUCCCUGCUGGUCCGACAGUGAACCUGGAUCCAGGUUCUUUACUGCAGAGCCAGAAAACACAGAUGCUCAAUGGAAGAGAUUCGGUGAAAGAAUGUGGGAUUAUCGAUCGUCCAACACGACGCAUGAGAACACAUCUGAUCUAAAAUGAAUCCAAACGACGUCACAUGACCAGACGAGAUCGUUUCCUUAUUAAAAUCCUUCCUCUCCUGCAAACAAAGGAAGCAAAGACAACGCAGCCGUUACUCAGCGAAGAACAGUUUAUUUUUCCACUCGGUGAAACAGCAGAGACACAGAUUCCAAACACCAUCAAGCAGCUGAAGCAUCAUCAGCCUCACAACUGAUCCUGAUCUUCAUCUUCAUCCCCGUCCGUCCCCGAUGGAAGCAGAACCGCAGACUGAUGACGUCGGCCUCAGAUUGAGCUUUGAUACUUGAAUGCCACUGUUGUUCAGCUAGAACCCCCCCCCCACCACCAGCCCGUCCAGCCCAGAUCUUUAUCAGUGCAAAGACCGAGCCGAGAGGCGUUUCAUCUGCGACGAGCUGAGAGAUCUGCUCGGCGUCUGGAUGAAGCUGCUGAAAACAGACCACGCCCCCGGAGGCCGGAUUCCAGAUGCAACGAUUCAACCAAAGGGAAAAAUCUGCUCUCGUCCGAUCGGUGGAUUUCAAAUUUAAAAACCACUUUUUAGGGAGAAAAGCCUUAUUGUGAAAAUAAUGGUCUGUUUGACUCAUUUUUAAUUUUUACUGUAUUUUUCGUCGCUGUAAAUUGUUCAGCGGAGCAACAACCAUGACGAUGCAAAUCAGUGUCUGAUUAUUUACUGUUGAAACUUCCCGAGAAGUUAAAUUACGUGUUGAUCCCACAGUGGGAGAUGUUUUUUUUUUAUUUUAAUGUCAGAAAGAUGCUAUUAAUUCUUAGGGAUGUUAUUCCGAGGUGUGUUGACAGUUAAGAAGCUGAUUCCUUUGUUGAAAGAAUGAGACGUUUUGAUCGUUUAAAGAGACGUACGAUGGUUUUAUUCAGAGUUUCUUUCCUCUUGUGUUUUAAAGUUUUUCUCUUUUACGCCCAUGAACUGUAAUUAAAGGUGGUCGACUUGUCCCCACUUUUCAGAAAUUAUGCCAAAAACACCUUCAGGGACAAAAACAGUCUUUGAAUCAAAAAGUAUUCAAUGUAAAUUUCAACUUUCAUGACCUAUACUGCAGCCAGCCACCGGGGGGCGAUCAAGACGCUUUGGCUUCACUUUUGGGUCAUGUCGUAUGUCUUUAUUCAGUCUGAGGAAUACAUAUAAGUAUGUAUAAGACCAAGUAUGAGGAAAGGGAGGUUUACUGGGAGUGUGAACUUUAGUUACACUUAUUAAAUCCUGAAUAUGAACAGAAUAUGUUUCCUUUCACCGAGAAGCUGCACAAACAACAGCUUUGGAACAAAAAAAAUGUGAUUCCACUUGAUUUGUUUCUUCUCGUUCUGACUGAUGGAUUCUGACGUGAUGUCACAAACCUCACUCCUCUUCCUGGUUCUGUCCCGAGGUGCAUUGUGGGAUUUCUGCUGCUUUACGAACUCGUCGAGUGUUGUUUUUCCGCAGCUGGGCGUCGUGCAAUGUUGAGCUGAUUCACCGAAGGGAACCCUCGACUCUCGUGUUUUAAUCCAGGUACCGUGAACAUCAAUGUGAAUAGAAUCGAUUCCAUUCCAAUAAAG